AUCAUCGCAUCGUGUCCCGGAACACUCUCAAUCACUGCGAGGAAGUUAGCCACACUCCUGAGUCCACUGUUUUGAGCCAUGGCUGCAGCUCUAGAAUGCUGGUCCAGCCGAGCCAGCACAGACGAGGACAUGGUAGAACAAGUCUUAGUGCGAACCCAAGACAGAUCGGAAGGCCCACCGGAAAAUACCUCCUCUUCCUCCUCCACCAACGCCGCCGGCGGAGUUAGAGAGUCAACGGCAAUGCAGAAGCGGUUGCAGAGGCUGAGCCGAAACGUGUCCGAGGCCAUCGCGUCGCUCAAGAACACACUCAACCUCGACUCGGUUCGUGACUCAACGGCUCCGCCUCCUUCGACUCGUGCCGAUAGCUGUCGUAAGCACGUCUGGGGCAGCGUUGUACGGAACUUGACUCAGCUGUACCCUGGUUCUCAGCUCCCGGAGAAGCUUGUCUCCAACCUUCGCAAGCAUUACGAUUCGUUACCACUCAGUUAUGCACAGGCGGGAUUUGAGUUGAAGGAUGUGUUUCUACAUAUUAAAUUGAUUGAGCAAGCGUCAAUCGAAGACCAACCUGCAAUACUGAUUCAAGAAAUGUCUGAUGAUGAAGUACAGGGUUCCGUAUUCAAGCUUACUUUCGCUUGUAACUCGUCGAUUUCGUGGCCGGCAAUGUCCGGUGCACUCGACAGUGCUUCGAUUUGUUGCAAGAAAAUACAGAUCUUUGAGAAAAAGGGGUUCACUUUAGGAAUUAUUAAGCUUUUGGUUCAAUCUGGGCAAGAGAAAAUGUUUAAAGCUCGGAUCGAAAAUGCAUUAAAAUCAGCUCUGAAGAGGCCGAGACCAAUUAAACUUCCGUUUGGGCUUUGUGGUUGUCAAGAGGAAAAUAAUGGGAGGAGAGAUCUUGGAGAGAUAGAAGAGGAUUAUGGUGAACAGAAUUAUAGAAAUGGGAUCGAGAAUUCGAAUCCGAGGGUGAUGCUUAAGAUGCCUUUACCCACUUCAUCUUAUGUUAUAUCAGUUGACGAAUGGCAAACAGUGCAAUCUGGUGGGGAUGAGAUUGGGAAGUGGUUGUUGAACUCUGAUAAUCUUGAGUUUAUCGAUCAUAUUGCCCCAAAUAGUUUCAAGGGAGUUUACAAGGGGAGAAGGGUUGGGAUUGAGAAGCUCAAGGGGUGUGACAAGGGAAAUUCUUAUGAGUUCGAGCUCCGAAAAGAUCUGUUGGAGUUGAUGAGUUGUGGGCAUAAGAAUAUUUUGCCAUUUUAUGGUGUUUGCAUUGAUGAUAAUCAUGGGCUGUGUGUUGUGACUAAGUUGAUGGAGGGUGGAUCAGUUCACGAAGUUAUGAUGAAGAAUAAAAAGCUGCAGACUAAGGAAGUUAUAAGGAUUGCUGCUGAUAUAGCAGAGGGGAUCAAGUUCAUGAAUGAUCAUGAUGUUGCAUAUAGAGAUCUCAAUACACAGGGGAUCUUGUUGGAUAAGCAUGGAAAUGCAUGCUUGGGAGACAUGGGUAUAAUCGCGGCUUGUAAGAGUCUUGGUGAGGCUAUGGAAUACGAAACAGAUGGUUAUCGGUGGCUAGCUCCUGAGAUCAUUGCAGGUGAUCCAGAGAGUGUUACAGAGACAUGGAUGAGUAAUGCAUAUAGUUUUGGCAUGGUUAUAUGGGAAAUGGUGACUGGCGAGACGGCAUACUCUGCAUAUUCACCUGUUCAGGCAGCAGUCGGGAUAGCUGCUUGUGGCCUUAGACCUGAGAUACCGAAGGACUGCCCACAAAUCCUUAGAUCUCUGAUGCUGAAAUGCUGGAACAAUUGCCCUUCAAAGCGUCCUCAAUUCUCUGAAAUCAUAUUGAUGUUGAUGCGUCCCAGCAACACCAAUAACAAGUAACAAGUCCCCUUCUGUCUCUGCAGUACCUAACUGGCUGAUGCAAAUUUUGUGCAUAAAAAGCCCUUUAUUGAAUAUGUGCUUCCUUGCGUAAUAUAGAUCUACGAAGCUCAAUUUUUCUCAGCAGAAAUGAGGAAAUAUCUCUACUUACCAACGCUGAUCAAUCUCUUAGCUUCUACAUAGCAUAUUUUUUGAUGAAGACUAGAUAGAGAUCAAUUGUGCUUUCUCCUCCUAUGCAUGUCGUUAUGAUUGACUGGACAUUUCACCCUGCUUGUAUUACAAAUCAACGUAAUAGGAAAAGUGCAAAAAGGCACAAGGAAAUAAGGUUGUUUCUGGUUUAGUGGGCCAAAAAGUUUAAGAGUAAUUCAAGGACUUUUGUAUUUAGCUUUUCUUUCUGUUUCUAUGGUGGCUAUCUGAGGGACCCCAGAGGUGUCCCUCUUGUUAUUGUGUCUCUUCAGGGGUGAGAACUAUAGGGCACCCUCUCUCCCUGGAAGUAUCAGUGGGAUAAUCUCUCAAUCAGUACCACCAGAUUCCAUUCCAAGGGCUGUCACAAGGCUUUCCUAGGUAUGUAUCUGGAGGCUUGAAGCAUUUAUAUGCAGAAUCUGACUAUUAGCAGAGAAAGGUGUAGGUUUUUUCCAUCCUUUUAUAUGAAUCUCAUAAACUCUGAUUUCAUGGUCAAACAUUUGCGAUUGUUCUCUCAGAAAUAUGACUUUCUUCUCAAAUGAGGUGUUUGAGGAAACUGAAUUUUCAUUUAUGUAGUAGGGGUGAAGCUGUAAAUGGAAC